AAAAGGGAAGUUUCCUUUGUCUCUGAUUGGCUAAUCGCAUUCCCGUGACAGCAGAUUAGUUUGUAGAGUCACUUUACGUUGAUUCGUGACCUGCAGCUUUACAUCGCGCCCAAUAUAGUCAUUACGUACCAGAAUUUGUAUUUUUCGUAAUUGAAUCGAGGAGACCUGCAUCCACGAACGGCUGUGAGGGUUGACCUGCGCGUGGGAACCUCGAGGCCGGAGAGGAGUGAAAAUUAGCGGUGAAAUUAAACGGAUGGUUCUUCCCUGAGGACGUCGUUGUUUUGGGUAGCAGCAAACAUGGUAGAGCCCGCGGCGCAUUCCUUUGCAUCUGUGGAGGAGGAGAUGGUGUUCUGGAAAGAGCAGGCGCAGAGGCAGCAGCAGAGGGCUGACGAGACUCAAGAGGAGCUGCAGGAGUUCCAGCAGAUGAGCCGGGACUACGAAGCAGAGCUGGAGACGGAACUGAAGCAGUGUGAGGGCAGAAACAAGGAGCUGUUGCUGGAGAACAACCGACUUCACAUGGAGCUGGAAGCUAUCAAGGAGAAAUGUGAAGCCCAGAUUUCCGAUGCUUUGAGGCAUAUCACAGCCCUGGAGGAGGAUUUGACCCAGACCCGGGCAGUGAGGGACCACCUCCAAAAGUACAUCCGGGAGCUGGAGCAGGCCAACGACGAUCUAGAGAGGACCAAGAGGGCGACCAUCAUGUCUCUGGAGGACUUUGAGCAGCGGAUGAACCAGGUCAUUGAGAGAAACGCCUUUCUAGAGAGUGAGCUGGACGAGAAGGAGAACCUGCUGGAGUCUGUGCAGAGGCUUAAGGAUGAAGCCAGAGACCUUCGACAUGAACUGGCUGUGAGACAGAAGGAGAGACGACCGUCCAGCAGUCUGGGAAGAGACACAGACCGCCCAGAUCUGUCCCAGAUGAACCCGUCUGCCCCCGUCACUCCAAACAAACCCAUCAGCUCGUACUCCACCCCCCUUCCCUCCAGCAUCCGCAGAGGCGACGGUCUAACGGGGACGCCCCUCACCACGUCAGCCAGAAUAUCUGCUCUUAACAUUGUUGGAGAGCUGCUGAGAAAAGUUGGAAAUCUGGAGUCAAAGCUGGCGUCCUGCCGAGACUUCGUGUGUGACCCGGCCAUGAACAGAGCGGUGCUACCAGAUGGUCGUGGGAGUCCUGCAGGUGUAGAGGGGGGUCCUGAUCUCCACAGUAGCAGUUUGAGUCCUCCUCCUCAGUACGACAGUUUGGUAAAGCGGCUAGAGUUUGGACCGGCUCCACCAAGAAGCCUCUCCCAGGGUCCCCAUUCUCCACAGGGAGGUGUCAAGAUCCUUUUAUGAGAAGGCAUCAGAAGGGAAGCACCCUCCUCCAUCUGAAACUAAAGGACUUUGAGAUGAAGGUUCUUCCGUUCCUGCCUUACACUUGCUCGUUAAACAGAAAAGCCUCCUGAUUUUUGCACCAAACUCUUCAGGGCCUUGAUCAGCAUUUGGAUUUCUGCUUCUGCAGAACACAGCACAAGGAAUGCAGAAACUGCCACCCUUCACUGUUUUUCCCCUUUAUCCUGUGUGUUUCUGAUGGAUUAAGAACCAGGAGGAACAUUUGAGGUAACUUAGUAAAUCAUUGAUUACCACCCGUGAGACCAGCUGAGCUAGAAUAAGGAAAUCAGAGGCUGAUUUAGGGACCAAGAAAACAAAGGGGAGCCUGACAAAAAUACAAGCUAAUACUGACUAAAAAGCUUUUACUGCACUCAUUUAUCAGCUGUGGUUAGACGAAAUAGUUUUAUCACCAAUAAGCUGUGAAAACAGGAGUUAUGUGCUCUUAGUUGAGAUUUUAGUUCAGAACAAGGUCGAAGGUUUCAUUCCAGUGCAAAGCUUUUCACAUGAGGGAGCGCUUCGUUCAGAAACGCAAAGAGUUGCAUCCAAUUAAAAAAAAAAAUGAGUCAACUUGAGGUUUACUUUCAAAAUGAAAUAUUACAUCACAUAAUUGAUUUUGUUUAACUCAGUGACUCAUUUUUAAGAAUUCCUAUUUUUAUGAUGGAAAUUUAAAGUUUCAGUUUUUCAAAACUAAACCUCACGGGUUUGAAAUAGGAAAUUCAACAGAUAGUGCCAUGAAAAAGUAUUUCCCCCCUUCCUGAUAUUGGUUUUUGUUGCCUUUGAAUCACACAAAUGUGUCAUAUCAUCAAACCAAUUUUACUAUCCGUCAGAGAUAACCCAAUGAAUACAAAAUGCUGUUUCAAAAUGAUUAUUUUAUUUACCAAGAGGGUAAAAAUGAACAAUCCUAUUUGGCUCUGCGUGAAGAAGCAAUUGCCCUCCCUUGUUAAAUCACAAAAUAACUGUGACUAAUUUAUUUAACAUUUAAAUCAAAAAUGAGAGGAUGACUAAAAUUACUCCAAGAGUCCAAUGAUGACUCAUCUAGGAGAACCACAGACGACAUCAAAAGAACUACCAGCCCCACUGGCCUCAGAUAAGCUCAGUGUUCAUGACUACCAUAAGAGAGACACUGGUCAAAAAUUGCCUCCAUGGGAGAGUUCUCGAGCUAAAACCCUUGCUGUCAGCCAAAAACAGAACAGCUUGUCUCCCUUUUGCCAAAAACCAUCUUGAUGAUUUUCCAGACUUUUGGAGGAAAAUUCUUGUGGAUUCAAAAACUAAACUUUUUGGAAGGUGUGCUGCCCAUCACAUCUGCUGUAAAAAUGCGUCUGAUAAAAAGAACAUUAUGCCAGCAGUGAAACAUGGAGGUGGCAGUGUGAUGAUCUGGGGCUGCUUUGCUGCCUCAGAACCUGGACAACUUGCUGUGAUUGAUGGAAGAAUGAAUUCUGCAGUCUACCAGAAGAUCCAGAAGGUGAACGUCCAGCCAUCAGUUUGUGUCCUCAAACUCAAGUGGUCUUGGAUCACGCAGUAGGACAAUGAUCCAAGCACACCAGCAAGUCCACCUCUGAAUGGCAAAAAGAAAACAAAAUGAAGGUUUUGGAGGGGCCAAGUUAAACUCUGGAUUUAAAUCCUCUUUAAAUGCUGUGGUGUGACCUUAAAUGGCCAAUUCAUGCAAGAAUGGUUAAAAUAUUCUGCCAGGAGGAGUGGGCCAAGAUUCCUCCAGAGAGAUGUGAAAGACUCAUCACCAAUUAUCACAAACGCUUGAUUUGUGUUAUUGCUGCAAAGGGUGGCCUGACCCGUUGUCAGGCUCAGGGGGCAAUAACUUUUUCACAUAAGGUCAGAUAGGUUUGGAUUUUUUGUGCCUUUAAUAAAUAAAAUUAUCAUUUUGAAACUGCAUUUUGUAUUUCCUUAGGUUGACUGAGUGAUAUUAAGGUUGGUUUGAUGACUUGACAUAUUAGUGUGUGAUUCAUUUGGGGGGAAAAAAAUGAAAUCAGGAAGGGGGGAAAUACUUUUUCACGGCACUGUACCUAAUGGGCUUCAUUUAAUUGUCAAAGCACAAGCUUUUUAGUAGUAGUUUGGCGCGGAAGCCCACCCCCGGUCAAGUUUCCAUCUGCUGCUGCACGGAUGGGGUUUUAUCAGAUUUUUGUUUGAAUAGUGAUGUGAAAACAUAUCUGGGAUUUCUGCUUUGGGGACUGGUUUUCAAGUUUGCUAAUAUAAUCAGAUUCUAGCAGAAUAUCUAAUAGGUAUUUGCAGUUCUCAAUGUCCAGGAAUCAUUCUCCAAAAGGUUAAAAAGUGUUGGAGAAGAGAUAGUGAGCAAUAAUAGAAUUUAAAGCACAGUUCAUAGGUACCUGUAUAUAUAUCAAACACUGUUCGUGCUUGGGCAUGAGGUUGUAUCAUGGUCUAAAGCUCCUGCUGAUCGCUCGUCAUCGUUUCUGCCAUCUCAGACGAUGCUUUCAAUACUUGGAAAAUGGAGGAGCAGCUGCUGCUAACAGGACGCAAUCCUGGACCAGUGAAUGUCCGAAUGCUUACCCAUGAUGCCGCUGAUCUUUGUUACUGAACUAAACUGUUGUGACUCAGUUAACAGAAUUAAAGAGAGACAAAUCUU